AGAGAGAGAGAGAGUUUUGAACAUAUUUAAGAUGGCAGAAGUGAUCCUCCACGUAUAUGACGUUAAAAAUAAUAAUUCCGGCAAUGAAACCCUAAAUUUUGCCAUCGUCCAACUCAACAACGCCUGUAAACAGGGCCUCUCUAUCGGCGGAGUCUUUCAUGCGGCCGUCCAGGUUUACGGCCAUGAGGAAUGGGGAUAUCGGCUGUGCGACGAAGGCUCUGGUGUUUACACCUGUCCAGCCGGCAAAAACACGAUGUAUACAUACCGUGAAAGUAUAGCUCUCGGAAGAACAAGUUGCUCCGUUGGCAAGGUGAGUCAGAUCCUAAAAGAACUUAGCCAGGAGUGGCCGGGAAAUAAGUUUGACCUGCUGGCGAAAAACGGUAACCAUUUCUGCAAUGAGUUGUUGCAGAGGUUGGGAGUGCCAAAGCUUCCAGCAUGGAUAAAUAGGUUUGCUAAUGUCGGAGAUAUUGCCUGUGAAACAUCGCAAAUACUGCAAAAAACCAAUGAGGAAAUGUUAACUGCCGGAAAGGAGGCUUAUAAGAAUGCCAUCGAUGCGGCUUUUAAGGCUCCCAAGUCUCUUCUUGGUUUAAGUAAAGGGGCUCGAGUUCGAACAGAACAAUUCAAACCAAAGUUCUUUGAUGGAAGAAUUGCCGGACCUGAUGAAGAAGCCAGCAAGAAAUAAACAUCAGGGGACAGUAUAUAACCCGGCUAUGACCAUAUAGAAUGAUGGCUUAGUCGUGUCUUCAUGUGUGUCCGUGUUCGUAUUAGUGUUUGAUGUGCUAUUUUCCUUUUAUCUCCAGCCUAUUUCUCUUAUUUUGUGUGAGUUGUAAUGCAUUAUUGUAUCAAUGACAUUUUAGCUUA